AUUGAUUAACAGGUGGUAUCCACCGCACUGCCACGCAGUUACCUUAACGUUUAGCUAAUCUAUGUUGACAUUAGCGUCCACGCUAACUACAGCAGCCCGCAAACACACUCGUGAAAUUACUGUUAUAUUAUUGAGUGAUUUGGUGAAGUGUGUAUCCAUAGUCACCGAUACUGUAAAUAUUACUUCAAUUGCUCAUAGCUGAACCCUUACUAGUGGAAAUGUCAACACUGCAAGAAGGCUGUGCGGGUACUCAGUGCGCAGCUAGCGUCAGCUAAUCCCGAGAGUCACAACGAGUCAAGAGAAGAAACAAAAUGAGUGGAUUCAACUUUGGGCAAGCCUCCACCGGCUUCGCUUUCGGAGCUCAGAAGACCACAGCCGCAACCCCCGGUACUGGCUUUGGGAUGACAAGCUCCACACCGGCGGCUCCCGGAGGGGGCUUCACGUUCGGCUCUGCCCCUCAGGCCACGUCCAACCCUACCGGAUCUUUCAGCUUUGGCACCCCAGCAAAGAGCACUGCACCCGCAGGGGGCUUCUCUUUUGGGACCCCGACCCCCGCCACCUCAUUUGGCAUGGGUACGGCCCCUCAAACCACAGCAACAGCAGGGCUGACUUUAGGCUCCACGGCAGCUCCAGCUGCGGGGUCAGGCUUCACCCUGGGCACGAGUUUGCCUGCACAGACCACCGCUGCCGCCCCUGCAGGUGGGGGCUUUAGCUUUGGGACUCCUCAAGCUCAACCCCAACUUGCAGCCACAGUACCACCACAGACAGCUGCACCGGCACCAACAGCCGCUGCAACAGCAAUGACAGGGUCAGGUGGCCUCUCUUUUGGAGGGUUCAGCUUUGGAGCAACCAAGGUGCAGGCCACCACAGCUGCACCGGCUGCUACUGCUGCUGCCCCAGGAGGGGGCUUCAGCUUUGGCACAAGUGCUCCCUCCAACCUCACCCUGGGCACCCUGGCCCAGCCAGCCUCCACGCCUGCAGCCACAACAGGUCAGGGUGGAGGAUUUGCCUUUGGGAUUAAGCCCUCAUCAACCCCAGCUCCCCCUGUAUCGACCCAGGCAGUCUCCGCUUUAGGCCCGUCUCUCUUUGCUGCACCUAUCCCUACAUCUGCUGCUCCUACUGCUACUGCAACAGGUACAGGCUUUACUUUGAGUGUAGCUCCAACUUCAGCAGCGAGCACUGUUGCUGCAUCAACCACAGCAGCUGGUGGAGGUCUGGCUUUCAUGCUUAAACCUCUGGGAGCAGCUACCACCACCUCCGCCCCUGCCGCCACAACAGCAGCUGCUACAACAGGGGCUGCCACAGCUUUUACACUGGGGCUCAGACCUACAUCUGGCACGAGUGCCACAACCACUGCUACAGUCACAGCACUCACUACAACCACUGCUCCGCCAGUGAUGACCUAUGCCCAGCUAGAGGGUCUCAUUAACAAGUGGAGUCUUGAGCUUGAGGACCAAGAGAGACAUUUCUUACAGCAGGCGACUCAGGUGAAUGCCUGGGACCGCAUGCUGGUGGAGAACGGUGAGAAGAUCACAGCCCUGCAUAAGGAGAUGGAGAAAGUGAAGCUGGAUCAGAGGAGGCUAAACCAGGAGCUGGAUUUCAUCCUGUCCCAACAGAAGGAGCUGGAGGACUUACUCUGCCCGCUUGAGGAGUCAGUGAAAGAGCAAAGCGGAACCAUCUACAUGCAGAAUGCUGACGAGGAACGUGAAAAAACGUACAAGCUUGCGGAGAACGUGGACGCACAGCUGAAGAGGAUGUCGCAGGACCUGAAGGAGAUCAUAGAGCACCUGAACACAUCCAGCGGCCCAGCAGAUACCAGUGACCCACUUCAGCAGAUCUGUAAAAUUCUCAACACUCACAUGGAUUCACUUCAGUGGAUUGAUCAGAACUCGGUUCUUCUGCAGAGAAGAGUGGAGGAAGUGUCCAAGUUGUGUGACAACCAGCGCAAGGAGCAGGAGAAAACCUUUCGCUUAACAUUUGACUGAUCUGGGACAAAUAUGUUGACACACAUUCUGACAUAAUGCUAAUUUUGGAAAAGGGUUUUCAGUAGUCGGAAAGAGACGGCUCUUUAAGGGGUCGAGAUAUUUUUGGAUGCAAAACCAAAGCCACCCAUCACAAUUCCUGUUGUCUUGCUUUUUCCCAUCAGCUUUUUUGAGUUGUUUGGGCUGCAUACAGAUUGAUAUUUUCAACACAAUAGAUUUUAUAUAGACUAGUGGAAAUGAUAAUGUUCCAAUCUAUAUGCUAUGUUUGUUCUAAGUCGUAUGAUUAAAUAAAUCUCUUGAUUAAGACUG